CUAACCUCACACUCUACUACAAAAAAAACGUUAUUUAGUGGGGGUUAUUUAGCGGGGGUUCCCGCAAAUGUGGAUAAUUUUUAAUAGUUAAGGGGGGUUUUAAUAACCCCCGCAAAUGUUUUAUUAAUUAACCCUCUUACUCUCACUCUCGCACUCUCACUCUCAGAACUCUCACUUCUCACUUCUCAGUCUCGUUCGCCAUGGAAGCUCACGAUUUCAAGCGAUUUCCACCGAUUUGAUCUCGUUUUCCACCUAUUGAUCUCGUUUUCCACCGAUUUCCACCGAUUGCAACUUGAUUUCCUCCGAUUUCAACCUCCACAGAUUUCAACCACCGCACGCCACCGUAGCAACAGCCUCCUCCGCCGUCGUUCUCUCUGCGAUUUUCUCAUGGAUCCAUCGCUCAGAGACUCAACAACUUCUACUCCGUCGCAUGCUGCAUUCUCUGCGAUGCAAGCAAUUGAGGUGAAGAAUCAUUCAACGCUGAAUGGAAAAGUGAUAAGGGUCUUGUGGUCGCGUCGUGAUCCUGAUAUUAGGAAGAAUUGCAUUGGGAACGUUUUUGGGAAAAUCGUUAGCUUGGCUAUUUCAAAGGAUGAAAAUGGGAUGUCAAAGGGCUUUGGCUUUGUGAACUAUGAAAACCCAGAUGAUGCUAAAAGGGCCCUGGAAGCGAUGAACGGAACACAACUAGGUAGUUUUUUUUUUGCAUCCUUUUACUGUGCUGGUUUUCUGCAGGCAUAGUUGGCAUUUCUUGAUGGUACAUGACAUGGUUUUGAUUUGUCUUAAACAGGGAUCAAACAUUUAUGUGAAGAACAUUGAUGACAAUGUAAGUGAUGAAGAAUUGCGGGACCAUUUUAGUGCAUGUGGCUCUAUAACUUAUGCAAAAGUUAUGAAAGACGAGAAAGGGAUAAGCAAAGGGUUUGGUUUUGUCUGUUUCUCUACUCCUGAGGAGGCAAACAAAGCUGUGAACACUUUUCAAUGGAUUGAUUUGUACAAUGAGUGGACUAUUGAGUUGAAGGGAAUGGCUGAUCGUAUUAUCAGUAUGCGCCAACAACUUUUUGAUGCUUUACGUUCCAGAGGUCUGCCUCUACUGAAUUUCCUUUGCAAUUUAUUCUGCUUGUAUUUGUCUGUAUGGUCCUGUAUCACUAUUGUUUCACCAAUAUACCAGACUUUUUGUUUACUCAUUCUUUACUUCUGAAAAAAUGAAGACUAGUUAUGAUAGUUAGGAUGUUUAGGAAGCCUCUUUAAAUGAUUAAUAAGUAAAUGCAACAAUUAAAUGAGGUUAAAAAUGUCCCUAGAAUAAACUCUAGUAGCCAAGGGAGGUUUAAGGAGGUUUAAAGCUGUAAAUAAUCUCUUGCAUUUAAGGGAGGUUGAAAACUCCCGUUAAAAAAGCUUGCGGAUAAGGGAGGUUUGAAACCCCCGCUAA